UGGACGACACUCUCAUUGGCUGCGGAACGUCUGUCUGCGGGAGCGGGCCUUUUGUAGGAGACCGGAAGUGGAGGAACUGAGAGGUGACCAGAAAUGGAGAGAAAAGUAAGCAGAAUCUGUCUUGCUUCUGAACCUGAUGUAAUUCAUUUUCUACAAGUGGCUUGGGAGAAAACAUUAGGAUCUGGUUUUGUUAUUGCACUUACUGAUGGUCAGUCAGCAUGGACCGGGACAGUUUCUGAGUCAGAGAUUUCCCAAGAAGCUGAUGACAUGGCAUUGGAAAAAGAGAAAUAUGUUGAUGAACUGAGAAAAGCAUUGGUAUUAGGAGGAGGACCAGCUGAUGCAUACAAAUUUGAUUUUUCUAGAGAGUCUUGUCAUUUCUCCUUUGAGAAAAACCUGAAAGAUGUUUCAUUCAGACUUGGUUCCUUCAACCUGGAGAAAGUUGCAAGUCCAGCUGAGGUCAUUAGGAAACUUAUUUGUGAUUGCCUGGAUACUAUCACAGAAAACCAAGCCAAAAAUGAGCACCUGCAGAAGGAAAAUGAAAGGCUUCUGAGAGAUUGGAAUGAUGUUCAAGGACGAUUUGAAAAAUGUGUGAGUGCUAAGGAAGCUGUGGAGACUGAUCUUUAUAAACGGUUUAUUCUGGUGCUGAAUGAGAAGAAAGCGAAGAUUAGAAGCUUACAUAAAUUGUUAAAUGAAGUUCAAGAACUAGAAAAGAACGUUGAGCCUGAAAGGGAAACCACAACAUGUUCUGAAAUGACUGCUGACAGAGAUGCAGUCUAUGAUGAAAGCACUGAUGAGGAAAGGGAAAACCUGCCUGAUCCCUCUGUGUUAGCUCCAGCUACUUUAAGAGGAGAUGAUUCCAUUAUUUCAAGUCCUGAUGUCACGGAUAUUGCACCAAGCAGAAAGAGGAGGCAGCGGAUGCAAAAGAAUCUUGGGACAGAACCUAAAAUGGCUUCUCAGGUACAUGGGCCUCAAGAAAAGAACAAUAAACGGCUUGAUCCUUCACCACCUGAGACGUCAAAAAAGGAGCACAGCUCAGCUGAAAACAUGUCUUUAGAAACUCUAAGAAACAGUAGUUCAGAAGACCUCUUUGAUGAGAUUUAACUGUCUCAAAAAGCUGUGCUGGGCCAGAACCCGAGGCUUGUUCCUGAUCAGCUGCUCAGAGCUGUGCCCCCACUUGACUGGCACAUUCUACACUCAAGCUGCCCCAAAGGCGCCACCAUUCCCCUACCGUGCAGCCGCCACCUCUUCCCACUUACCUGCCAUGAUGACCGCAUCCUCGCUGCAGGGGCCCCACAACCACUGCCAGGCCUGCAGAACCGAAAAGGUGGACGAAUUUGCUUCAGGAUAUCAGUAAAGCUGCUCCUAAUGAUGGGAAUGUGGGCUGACUGCAAUGGAUUGUGUGCAACACACCUAGAUCGUGUGUGAGUCUAUCACUGCUACAACUGUAAAGUGAUCCACUGAUGAAAAGGACCCCCAUUUGUUUGACUUUCUUGCGACGCAUGAUCUAAAUAAGCAGGGCCCAAGGCUUCUUCUCAAUUGGAAACUGUUUCUGGCAGCAUGUAUGUGAGGAUAUUGUGCCUAGGAUCAGCCAGAUCGGGGACUUGAAAUGCGAACCUAUUUUCUGCAUAUAGGUGGGACUGGAACCUUGUCAUCCCUGGUGCAGCAAAAGAUGAUACCAUGUCUAAGAACACUUCACCUGAUCACUAAAAAAGAAGACUUGAUAUGUGAUGCUAAAGCUCAGAAGGAGGUUCAGAUGAAGAUAAUGAAAUUCCCUGUACACCCACCUGCCAGCUACACCUUUCUUGUCCAGUCAUUGGCUGACUGCCCCUGACUCCUGCCAAGUUCCUGAAGACAAGAUCAAGGCAACGAAGCAAGGCAUGCAGCUUCUGGCUUCUGGUUUCUUGUAGACACCAGCACUAGGAAUGAAGAUCUUGCUUUAUCAAUACCUGGGACUAUGGAGUUUACAUACAGAAUAUCCCCAGUACAAGGACAUGAUUUAAAGGGGGAUACAUAGAAUGAGAUUUUAAUUACUGUUUGAUUUAGACUUGAGUGUCAUGGGCAAAGUAGUUUUAGUUUAAGGUUACAAAGAUAUACUUUCCCAUUCAAAACCUUGUGAUAAUUUUUCAAACGUGGGAGAAUCAGAAAUAACUGCUCUGUCAUUCACUUUGUCUUCAUGAAGAGAGAAAGAGAGACACAGGGAGAGAGAGUCAGGGAGGGAGAGGGAGAGAGAGAGAGAGAAGUCCUCAAGGACAGUUAAAUGGAAAUAACACAUCUAAAGAGUCUAUUCUGAGUGUACCUUGUAUACUUUCCUUUUUAUUCCCUAUUAUAGGGAAAUUAGAGAAAGCAAGCUGAUAUUUGGGGGUGUCGUUUCAUUUUAGUUAUUUGGCAGCCUGCAGGAGUGUUUAAUUUUCUAAACAAUAUUACAAGCCGAAGUAAAGAAAAGGCAUGCGGUAUAAAGCUGUUCAAAAUUGUCCAUGUUCUGACUAGUGAAGUCGGCCUGAGAAAGUGCCUUUGCCCUAUAGAACUGCUCUGUCAAGAGUUGUAAUAUCCAUGGACGUUAUAAGGAACUAUAAACAUUAGAGGGCUAGAGAAACACAUUUGGGAAGAUAAAGGAAAAUAUCUCAGGUUGUAAGUAGUCUCUGACCCUUAUUUUUCAUCAUGUUUCAUCAUGUAAAGUUGGCAUUAUUUACAGGGACUGUUAAAUAUUAACAUUUCCUUAAAAAUGGUUAUUAAUCUGCUAUUAGUUGCUUUCUUCCGCCUUAGGUCUCCUUUGCAGAAAUGUUUUACUUAAAUGUAUUAUGAAGAGAGAGCAGGGUAAUGGAAAGAUAAUAAGCUUUUCAGAUUGGCAGAUGUACCACUUAGAAAGUGGCCGCAGGCGAGACAUUUAAACUCUUUGGAACUCAACUAGGUUUACUCAAAUUUAAGAAUGAGAACAAUAAUAUAUACUUUGAGGUGUCUCAGAGGAAGGUCUGUCCUAAUACCUGGAGUAUAAAUUUCAGUAAGGAGUUUUCUCCCUUUCUGAGUGAAGUGAUCUUGAUUACAAAGUUGCUAGGAGGGGCACCUGGGUGGCUCAGUCCUUAAAGCGUCUGCCUUAA